CAGGGCUGAUGCAAACGAGGCUGCUGUCAUUCUUCUUCCAUCAAAUAUUAUCGUUUUCACCCUUGACUUUUCAGGCUCUGGACUUUCUGGUGGUGAUUAUGUCAGCCUUGGCUGGCAUGAGAAGGAUGACCUUAAAACAGUGGUCUCUUUUCUCCGAGAUAACAAACAAAUUUCCUGCAUAGGGUUGUGGGGAAGAUCCAUGGGUGCUGUUACAAGCUUAUUAUAUGGAGCAGAGGAUCCGUCAAUUGCUGGCAUGGUGUUGGAUAGUGCUUUCUCAAACUUGUAUAAUCUCAUGAUGGAGCUCGUUGACGUUUACAAAAUCAGGCUUCCUAAAUUUACGUACGCACCAAAGACCUUUAUUCCAGCAUUAUUUGGACAUGCUUCAGAGGACAUAUUUAUUCAGCCGCAUCACACUGACCUCAUUUACCAGUCGUAUGCAGGUGAUAGGAACAUAAUCAAAUUUGAUGGUGAUCACAACUCUCCGAGGCCACAAUUUUACUACGAUUCCGUUUCAAUUUUUUUCUACAAUGUUCUUCAUCCCCCUCAGAUUCCUGCUGAGUUUUCAAGUAAACUAGAAAAGUACUAUGAUUUGGGAGAUCUACCAGUUGAAGCCAAUUCGGAUGAGAAUGUAUUAUAUCAGAUCCUCUCUGGGCUUCGUGCUGCUGGAAAUGAAUCAGCAAGCUCUUCAUCUGCAGCACCUGCUCUUCCAAAAGGUCCACAUUCAAAAUCUGUAGUCGAACUGCUUUCUGAAAGUGUAUCCCAGAUUUCUAUGAUUGAUGACGACGUCGAUUUUCUUCUUGAGCAUAGUACUGUUGCUGAGAUAGACGGUAAUAAUGCAUAUGAAACUCAUUUACAGGAUAAACAAAAUGGGCUGGAUGAGGAAUCUCACACGUGCUCAAGCUCCAACAGGGAAAGCCUUGGUAGAUGCUCUUCUCUAGGUUUAGUUAGUGUAGGUUCAUCCUCUGGUGAAUGUACUGAAAAUCCCAGCCGCAGACAUCAGAUUAUGCUGAAAGCACUUGCUACACCUCUCAGAAAAAUCCAUCGCAAAUCACCCAAACCAAAGGAGAAGAAGAACAAGAAUGAUGCGCCGGGAUUGAAAAAAUCGAAGCGCUGGGGUAAAUUAGACAGGGCCGAGGCAUUAUUUCGUCAACGCUUGCGCCUCUGUCUUCUUGGACGGUUCAAUCACAAGCGCAAUCAUUCUACUUGACAGUGUAGAAAAAAGUGAAAAAAUUACAUAAUUUGAUUGAAAUCAGUACUUGUUUCCUUUUUGAGGCCUUACAAAUAUGCAACUCAUUCAGCUGAGGGAUUACUAACCCAAACGAGGUUGAUCUGAUCUUUCUGAGUUUUCUUGUAGCAGAUAAAGUUUCUUUGAAGCAUUAUGGGUUGAGAUGAGUUUCAGUUGGCCUCUUUAGGGAAGACAUUUGAACUUUGAAGACUGUAAGGCAUUUGUUAUUGUUAAGACCUUUCUUUUAUGUUGAUCUUAUUGGUAUGUUGGUGUCUUUAGUUCUUAUUAAUUUGCUGUCUAGAUUUUGGUAUUGCAGUAUACCAGGCAGUCUAAUUGCAGGAACAUCAGGUGAAAAUGUAAUUUGUAAUUUUUUUUUUUUUUGCAAAUAUAUCUUCUUUGUAAUGUACUGUUAGAGAAUUUUAUUAUGUCAUUUGCUUUUAUGGAAGUUGAAUUUUUCAAUUGA